CGGCGACCCGCCCGCCCCUUCCGGCCGCGGCUCGGAAGCGGCGGGGCGGAAGCGGCCGGGGCGCCGCGCCGGGGGCGGAUGCGCGGGCGGGCGGCGGGGCCGCAGUGCCGGGGGCUCCGCGGGAGAGGCCGCCAGUACCCCAAGUCUGACCAUCAAAUAUGAUUCUUUGCCUGCUACACGAAACUUCUUAAGUACUCCUUUUGCCAUUUGGCCACAUGGCUUCAACUACAAUGCAACAAGCUUUAGAACUGGCAUUGGAUCGUGCUGAGUAUAUCAUUGAAAGUGCCCGUCAGAGACCUCCCAAAAGAAAAUAUUUAUCCAGUGGAAGAAAAUCUGUAUUUCAAAAACUUUAUGAUUUAUAUAUUGAAGAAUGUGAAAAAGAGCCUGAGAUAAAGCAGAAGCUGAGACGAAAUGUGAACUUACUUGAGAAGCUGGUUAUGCAGGAGACGUUGUCGUGUCUGGUAGUAAACCUCUAUCCAGGAAAUGAGGGUUAUUCGCUGAUGCUCAGGGGGAAAAAUGGUUCAGACUCUGAGACCAUUCGUCUGCCUUAUGAAGAAGGAGAGCUGCUUGAAUAUUUGGAUGCAGAGGAACUACCACCUAUUCUGGUUGAUCUUUUAGAAAAAUCUCAGGUUAAUAUUUUCCAUUGUGGAUGUGUCAUAGCAGAAAUACGGGACUACAGGCAGUCUGGUAACAUGAAAUCUCCAACCUACCAAAGCAAGCACAUUCUUUUGCGACCUACAAUGCAGACUUUAAUUUGUGAUGUGCAUUCUAUAACAAGUGACAACCACAAAUGGACACAGGAGGACAAACUCCUACUUGAGAGCCAACUUAUUUUGGCUACAGCAGAGCCUUUGUGUCUUGAUCCUUCAAUAGCAGUGACCUGUACUACAAACAGACUCCUGUACAACAAGCAGAAGAUGAACACUCGCCCCAUGAAACGGUGCUUCAAAAGGUACUCAAGGUCCUCUCUGAACAGACAGCAAGAAGUAGCUCACUACUCAACCCCACCUCAGCUCAGACUACUUGACUACUUGCAGAAAAGGAAGGAGAGGAAAGCAGCCCAGCAGUAUGACCUCAAAAUUUCAAAAGCUGGAAAUUGCGUAGAUAUGUGGAAACAGAACCCUUGCUACUUGACUGCUCCUUCUGAAGUAGAUGUGGAAAAAUAUGCCAAAGUGGAAAAGUCUAUCAAGUCUGAUGACUCACAACCAACUGUCUGGCCAGCACACGAAAUGAAGGAUGAUUAUGUGUUUGAAUGUGAAGUUGGUAAUCAGGUUCAAAAAACAAAACUGACCAUUUUUCAGUCUCUUGGCAAUCCCUUGUACUAUGGUAAAAUUCAGACGCUCAAAGGUGAUGAGGAAAAUGACAACCUGUUAACUCCAUCACAGUUCCUUAUUGGUUCGAAGACUGAUGCUGAAAGAGUGGUGAACCAGUACCAGGAGUUAGUGCAAAAUGAAGCUAAAUGUACUGUGAAAAUGUUUCAUAAUUCAAGUGGAUCAGUCAGUCAUCUUUCUCCAGGGAAGGAAAUGGAACAGCCGGAAAGUGUAUCAGGCUCUGUUCAGUCUUCAGUACUGGGGAAAGGUGUAAAACACCGACCUCCUCCUAUCAAAUUACCUUCAAGUUCAGGAAGUAGCUCUUCAGGUAAUAUUUUUAGUUCACAACAGUCAAGUGGCCAUCUAAAAUCCCCAACUCCACCUCCUCCUUCUAAGCCUCCUGGUCUUUCUCGGAAACAAUCUAUGGAUCUUAAUCAAGUUAGCAUGCUCUCUCCAGCUGCCAUGUCUCCUGCGAGCUCUUCACAAAGGUCUGGAACUCCUAAACCAUCUACUCCUACUCCAACCAACACCCCUUCAUCGACCCCACACCCUCCUGAUGCUCAGAGCUCAACUCCUAUUACCCUUUCUGCCACCCCUACUCCCCAAGAUUCAGGCUUCACCCCUCAGCCCACUUUGUUAACCCCGUUUGCUCAGCAGCAAAUGUCUCUGAGCCAGGCACUGCCUGUAAUGACCAUUCCUCUUUCCACCAUGGUAACAUCCAUUACUACAGGAACAACCUCCACCCAGGUCAUGGCAAACCCUGCAGGACUUAACUUCAUCAAUGUAGUGGGCUCUGUGUGUGGAACACAGUCACUGAUGAGUGGUUCAAACCCUAUGUUGGGGUGCAACACUGGUGCCAUAGCCCCUGCAGGUAUAAAUCUGAGUGGCAUUUUACCCCCAGGAGGUCUGGUACCAAGUGCGCUGCCCGCUGCAAUGCAAUCUGCCUCCCAAGCAGACUGUCCAAUUUGCUUACAUCCUUCUUAAAAUGUGAUAACCAAAACGGGACACAAGCCUGAGCUUGGCUGAUUUACUACUGUGGAGCACAGCAGAAUAAAUGCAUCUCAUCUCUUUCACAACAUUCCUGUUAACAUUUCCCCAAAUGAGGUCUGCCUGUUUUUUAUCUGUAUUUUUUGCAACAGCAUUGCCUUGACAUAAGAAUGGCUUUACUGGUUUAGGCCAAAAAUCCAUCCAGUUUAUAUUCUGUCUCUGACAGUUGCCAUUAGAGGAUACUGAGGAGAGUGUUUGAGAUGAGACAAAAAUGUGAAAUGAAACAUCCCUUGUCUACAACUGUACCUCUUCUGGCAAUCUACAGCUUUGAGACUUUCUCAGCUGAAGAAUAUCCACAUGGAUCUUUGUGCUUAAUAUCUUGUGCUAGAUUUCUAGUCUGUGGAUUUAUCUAAUUGGUUUUUGAACCCAUGUAUAUUUUCGGAAUCUCUACAGCAUCUUGUGACAGUGAAUUUUAUAAAUGAAAACUGUGUGGAGAGGUUCUUUUCUUUUGUGUGCUCUGUAGUUUGUGAUAUGGAUGAUUUGGAUAUGUUUGUGACCUGUAACUUCACAUGUCCUUUCUUGCUGUAUAGACGCAAAGAUAGUUACAAUUUUGUACUUGGUCAUUUGUCUUUUUUUAAAUCAGUGUUACUGAGUUUUGGACCAUUUCUUCACUUCAUGAGGAUUGCUUUUAGUCUACUUCUGUCCUUUCAAGCACUAUCAACUUCUACCAGUUAGGUGUCACAUUUUUGUACAUGCUGUGCUGUCACCCACACACAACAGAUGCAGGUAAUGAGCUGAGCUAGGUCUGUGCAAGACCUCCAGGGCUUCUCUUUGAGACCUGCUGUCUUACUGGAGUGUCACUCAAAUUUGGGGUGGGAUUGUUUUCUUUUAAAGAUUGUAAGAGUGUAUUACUUCAUGGAGCCCUUGGACUUUUUUAGAUUUACUGUACAAACAGUAAAGCUUUUUAAAGGCAGAAGAAGGAUCACUGAAAAAUAACUGCUGUGGUGUUCUCCACAAUCACCUUUGUGUAAAUGCACCAACAGGUUAUAGGUCACAGGGUAUAAUGUUAAGUAGAGAUACAGGUUUCUUUCCAUUUAGUCAGCUCUUGUGCACUUGGAGUCUGAAUAACUAUGAGCUGCAUUAUGGAAAAUGCAGCAUUGUAUUAAGUUUACACCUUAUUUACACUUGCCAGUAUUACAUUUUUAUUAUACUUUUAUUAUUAUACACUUAGUAUUAAGUUUACGCUCAAUU